UCUGAGAUGACAACUCUUCUCUGUUGAGUAGACUGUGCGAGACUGACUAUAUUCUGAGUUACAGUUACAGGAUUCUUAAAGCAUGUUGAUCCUCAUUAGUGUUUAAACUUUAUUUUGACCACAGUCCGCUGAUACACCAGCGCUGUUUAUGACUGUUUUAAAGUGUUAGAUUGGCGAAAAACAUGACUGCCAAUGAAGACCAGGAGAUGGAGUUGGAGGCUCUGCGUUCAAUCUAUGAAGGAGAUGACUGCUUUAAAGAGCUCAGCUCUGUUUCUUUCCAGUUCAGGAUAGGAGAUGUUGAUGACACUAAAUCCUUCCUGCUAGAAGUGUGUUGGCCAGAGAACUAUCCUGAAACUGCACCGCACAUAUCAUUAGAUACUUUUUUCAACAACAGAAUAUCGCUGGAGACAAAGCAGUACAUUCUCUCGAAGAUGAGCGAACAGGUGGAGGCCAACCUCGGCACUGCCAUGAUGUACACACUUUUUGAGUGGGCCAAAGAGAACCAGGAAACACUCAUGGAAAACCAUCAGCCUGUGACAACCGCUGUGACCUUGAUGUCCAACAGCGAUGUCAUGAAUAAUUCCACCUCUGUCAGUAAGAAGAAGAAGGAGAAGAAAGAGCAACUAACCAAAUCACAGAAGAGGAAACUGAUUGGAAAAACAGAUAAUAAGGGUGAACUACCAAGAGGUUGGAACUGGGUAGAUGUUAUUAAGGUAAGUUCAAAUAGAAUGAUUUUCUACAAAUGCCAUUUGAUGCUUAAAAUAUAAAUGCACAUUCUUAAGGCCCCUGAUGUACUCAUGGCGAUG